AUGAAAGAGCCCUGUAAGAUAUGUGGCACAGAGACCAAGAGCAUAUGUUACAAGCUCUACGUGUGUGGUGCUUGUACCAUGUUUUACCGUCGCAACUUUCGGUUUUGGGGAAAAUUGUCGUGCCGAAUGAACGGACAUUGCAAUUUGUUGGCUGGUAAGAUCCUAUUACAAUAUGAGUGUAAUCCUAUGUAACUACAUUACAUUUAAAAUAUUCUCGAUAACUGUCUGUAGUUUUUACAGUAGGGUUAAAAGAUUUUGUUGAAAUUGUAUCAAGAAUCAUUAUGUCAAUGACAUACACGUUACUGGCUAAAAAGUAGAUUGCCAUAUAGGUUAUUAUAAAAAUAAUUAUUUUUUUAACUAAUCAAAGAAUAGCCAAGGUUUAUCCUACCUCAAUGUCACUUUAUAAACAUUCAACGUGAAUUUACCAUUAAUAUAUGACAGGAGCAGCAAACGACCGUCGUACCUGCCGUGCAUGUCGCCUAAAAGCGUGUCGAGAUCUAGGCCUUCGUAUGAUCGGAAAGUCAUUAGUAGUACAACAAGAUGGCCUCCCGGAGAACGAUAUUCUGGAGCCGGACGAGACUAAAUCCUGCUCUUGCGUAUCUAGUGCAUGUUGUGCAGGCAAACAACAGAACAUAAUCAAGAAAGAAGACAUGGACUCAUGGCCAUCGUCCUCAGAAGAAUCGCCUGGCGCUAAAGUAAGUUUUAAAUACUGUAGUUUCUGCUUUGUAGAUAGGUAAAAGAGAACAAAUAGCACAUAAAUUACAUUUCUUAAUAACAAUUUGUACUUUCAGAUGGAUGUAAUGGAAACCACCAUCACAGCAACCUCCUCAUCCUCACCUUCAACCUCUCAAACCUCGUACUCAAUGGCUUCGUCACAACUGGCUCGUGACAUUGCUAUCACCAUGAACGAAUACCCCUCCUACAUCUCUCCUCAAGCAGGCUUCAGGCCGUAUUCUCAGUAUCAGUACGAUGUAGCCAGUGGCUUCCACGAAAUGGACAAGUACCCUCACUUAACACAUCUGAAGCGCAUCGUCGAAGUGUUCAGGAGAUUCCGAGAGCGGCAACGAAACAUUGCCGUCGAAGUUUUGAAUGUUGACGUAGAAUUAGAACCAGAACCUCCACUUGUACCUACCUUACAGAUCUACUCGCUACAGUUUCCCGUAAUGGAAAGGAAAAUGGUGCAACUAGCGUGCAUAGCCAUCGUAGAGUUUUUGGAAGGCUGUGAAGGGCUGACAAUUGAGGAAAAGGUAAGAAAAUAGUCUAGUAUAGUAGUAAUUAUGGUUAUAAACAAGACCACAACAUCUAGAGUUUUGUUUAGCUAAUUUACUAUGUUCCAGGUUAAAAUUAUGAAGCCUACAAUGCAAGACAUAUCACUACUAUUCAAAAUGUACCUAACGUGCCGAAGAUACCCCGAGAAAGGUGGCUCCCGAAUGGGAAUGUGGACAGGAGUACACAACGAUCUCGACGCCUACGACAAGUACAUGUCUGACUUGUUACCAGUUCUAGGACCAGACGCCUACCUGAAGCACUACAACAAGAGUAAAACCCUUGUGAUACCCUUCUACAACCGAAUGCAACGUGUUAUGGACAGAUUCCGCGACUUCAUGCCCUGUGCCAUCGAGUUCUCGGUGUUGGCGUGUAUGAUGGUAUACGAGCGAAGUAAGUUUGUCAUUAUCAUUAUUUUUAUUUGAUUUUUAGUGGAAAACGUCGAGAUUCAACAUGUUCUUGCCAUGCGUCUUCGAGACAAACUCUGUGCCGAGCUGAGUGUGUACUUGAGUGAUCGUUACCCACCACAUGUUGUGUCAGUCAGAAUGAUGCGGAUGUCCACUUUGUUGUAUGCUAUUAGGGUAAGUUGAAGACAUUAUAGCCUAAAUAAGUAACAAAACUAAUUUUUUGCUUAUCCAUUUUUUAUCAAAAGUUUGUUUUGGUCACUAAAAAGAUAUUUGCCAAAAUAUAUUAACGAUUACAUUUAGGAAUGCGACAACCAAUACGAGGACAUGUUCUCGCUCUUAGGAGUUUUGAUUCCCGAGAAUCGAGAUCAAGACUUCCAAAACAUGCCCGACGUGGUACCAGAAAUGAUGCACCGCCUGGUGCUAGAACAUUGCACUCAUCUCAAACAUGCGGACAGUUCUGGACUAUAA